AUGUCAGACUCGGACUCUGAUUCAGCACGUGAAUUAGAUCUUUGGACGGAUCCAAUCACCAGCUGGCAUAGGGAUGUCGUGCGCGAGGUUCGGCGCCUGGAGUCCCUCCGCUGCACACCAGAACAGAUUAACGCCAUAUUCGACAUCCUGGUCAUCGCCACUGUCACUUUGGAUCUGGAACUUAAAGAAUAUGACGAUUGGAUCCAGAAAGGCUUAGCCGCCGACGCCAAACGGCUUCAACGCAGACAACGCGUCCUGAGUAUUAUGCCCGGCUAUGCAGACACGAAGAAGCUUGUCGAGGUGGAAUUCGGCUGCACGAGCUUCCUGGAGAAGCUGUACCCAGAUUUCAAGCGCUGUCACCGCGAGGACCGGUACGGUUUUCUUAGCUUCUUCGAACGUACUUUUCGCCUGCCCUUCAAAACGAAACAUACUGUGCUGGCAGCCAAGAGAGAGCAGAUUGCGGCCAACCCGCACCCGUGGGCUUGGUAG